GUCGAGCCGUGGGAGCGGUGCGCGUGCGCGGAGGUUUGGGCCGCGGGCGGAGCCGUGACCACCUUGGCCGAUUCCCUUUGCCACGUACGGCAGCGGCGGCGGUAUUGUGCACUACUGCCUAUUUUGCUAAUUACCACUGUAUGGCGGGGCAUUUGACAUCCAGCUGAAAGUUAAAAGAAUUAUUCUUUUGGAAACCAGUGCAAAACAGAAGACCUGUGGUAACUAUGAACGGCCAACUGGAUUUGAGUGGAAAGCUUAUAAUUAAAGCUCAGCUGGGUGAUGAUAUUAGGAGAAUUCCAAUUCACAAUGAGGAUAUCACCUAUGAUGAGUUGGUGCUCAUGAUGCAGAGAGUUUUCAGGGGGAAACUGCUGAGCAACGAUGAAGUUACCAUAAAAUAUAAGGAUGAAGAUGGAGAUCUUAUAACAAUCUUUGAUAGUUCAGAUCUUUCCUUUGCAAUUCAGUGCAGUAGAAUCCUGAAACUGACACUAUUUGUUAAUGGGCAGCCAAGACCGCUAGAGUCAAAUCAGGUAAAAUACCUUCGCCGAGAACUGAUAGAGCUUCGCAACAAAGUGAAUCGUUUAUUGGAUUGCUUAGAACCUCCUGCUGAGCCAGGACUUUCUACUAGUCUGGCUGAAAAUGAUGUUGCAGAGGGUAGGGAAGACAAGCCUACUACUGCCGAUUCAGCUGUCAAGCCGUCUACUCAAGUUAUAGCAGCAAGUAUGUCUGCUUUUGAUCCAUUAAAAAAUCAAGAUGAAAUCAACAAAAAUGUCUUGUCAGCAUUUGGGCUGACAGAUGAUCAGGUGUCGG